AGUGAUACUAGUCGCAUUGAGGUCAACUACAGAUUUUGAUUUUAGUUCUGCAGCUUGAUGCUUUAGGAUGCGGGUUGCACCGUUGUUUCCUCUAUCAUCUUCACCACUUGGUCGUUCUGCCGAGUUAACGUUCCAUUUUGAUGACGUCUUGGGUCUCCACCCUCUUCAUUCUCCGUCUUCAAACUUCAGGAAACGCGUGGUUGCAUUACGCAGUCGGACCGUAAACGUAAGGCGCUGAAGCUGGUCUUCCCCGAGCCUCCAAUGAAACCAUCUUCCAGACUCCCCCUCCAUCCCGCAGUGCCGCCUUUCCAGAACCCUCACAUAGAGCGGCUGCGGACGCACAGCAUCGAGUCAUCAGGGAAGCUCAAGAUCUCCCCAGAGCAGCAUUGUGACUUCACUGCAGAGGACCUGCGGGAUCUGGGCGAGAUUGGCCGUGGAGCAUAUGGCUCUGUCAAUAAGAUGGUUCACAAACCCUCUGGCCAGAUCAUGGCUGUCAAGAGGAUUCGCUCCACUGUCGACGAAAAGGAGCAGAAGCAGCUGCUGAUGGACCUGGACGUGGUGAUGAGGAGCAGCGACUGCCCCUACAUCGUCCAGUUCUACGGAGCUCUCUUCAGAGAGGGAGACUGUUGGAUCUGUAUGGAGCUCAUGUCUACCUCAUUAGACAAAUUCUACAAGUAUGUGUAUUGUUCUUUAGAUGACGUCAUUCCAGAAGAAAUUUUAGGCAACAUAACAUUAGCAACUGUUAAAGCACUUAACCACUUAAAAGAAAGCUUGAAGAUAAUCCACAGAGACAUCAAGCCAUCCAACAUUCUCAUGGACCGAAAGGGAAAUAUCAAGCUCUGUGAUUUCGGCAUCAGCGGCCAGCUGGUGGACUCUAUAGCCAAGACCCGAGACGCAGGCUGCAGGCCUUACAUGGCACCCGAGAGGAUAGACCCCAGCGCUUCCAGACAAGGCUACGACGUCCGCUCUGACGUGUGGAGUUUGGGAAUCACCCUGUACGAGCUGGCCACGGGACGCUUCCCCUACCCGAAAUGGAACAGUGUUUUUGAUCAGCUGACACAAGUGGUGAAAGGCGAACCCCCCCAUCUCAGCAACUCGGAGGAAAGGGAGUUCUCGCCCAUGUUCACCAACUUUGUGAACCUCUGCCUUACCAAGGAAGAAUCCAAGCGGCCGAAGUACAGAGAGCUUCUGAAACAUCCCUUCAUACUGAUGUAUGAGGAGCGAGCUGUGGACGUGGCCAGAUACGUCUGUCAGAUCCUGGACCAGAUCAAAGACUCUCCGGUCUCUCCCAUGUACGUGGACUGAUGCCUCUCUGAGCUCGCGCUGUAUAUUCGAUGCUUUACAUCCUGGUUCUCAGAGAGUCAUAGGGUUUUUAUCUUGAUUCACGUUCCAAAGAAAACAAACUGUCAGGUGAACUGAUGUCCAAUGGUAAAAAAAAAAAAAAAAAAUCCUCACAUUCCAUCACCUCAUUUAAAAAAAAAAAACCCCAGCGGUUCACCUGUCUGAAGCCAACAAGAGCAAUGUUUGAGUAAAUUGCAACAGUAUGGAUGUAUAAAAUGACCAUCACAAUGUUUUCUCUUCAUAAAUAGUUUGCUCGAGUUUCAGGCCCAUAAGGUGAGGUGACACUGGAUCACAGGGACGCACCACUCUACUGCUAGCUAUACUGCUAUGCUGCUAUAUCUUAAUGUCAAUUUUAAUAUUAGCAACAACUGAAAUUUCACUUUUUUAUAGCCCACACUGUUUUUAGGAAUACUAGGAGAAGUAAUUCACGCGUGUAGUUCCAGUGCGUUCAGUACCUUUCAUUUAAAAAAUAAAGAGAAUGUGCUUCAAGUAAAUGUAUUUCAGCUUUAAGUCAGUCAGGUAAAGCUGCCCACUCUGAUCAUGUUUAAAAUUCAGAUGGUUCCCAUUCGUGUGACCCUAAAAUCGCUAGCUUUCAUGUCUGAUCUUCUGGACAGGCCUUUUUUAUUGGUUCAAUGCAUGUGAAGUUUUGUUACUAAGGGAGCGGCUGUUGUGACCACGUGGCAGAUGUCGCGUGCUCCAGCUGUAUUCUGAUGCGCCGCACCAGUACGUGCCAAUUUCUGAGCCCCAUGUGGUGAAAUGACAGUGUUUUAGUGUAGACAUGGAAUCCAAAGAUAGUUAGAGAUAUCCGACGGCAGCCUCUGGACUUGAACGCAUCGUUUUUAAAAUUGCUCCGGCGCCUCCUUUCCUUGUUGUUAAAGAGUAGGGACCAUGUGACGCAUCAAAUGGAUAUUUCUAGUGCACUUCAUUUUGUUCUGGACUGUUCACACGAUUGACACACAAAUUGGUUUGUGUUGGUGUGUAUAUAAUGUGUGUAAGCUAUAAGGUGCUUUCUACUGGACGCUCCUGCACUUUAAAAAUUCACCGGCUGAGCUAGGAAUCACAGUGUUAUGAUGUUGGUGACAAAUCGAGAAUCAAUUUGAAUGAAAACAAAAGACACAUCGACACGUUUUCUGGUCUUUUUGUGUUAUGUUUUAAUAAGUCUGGCACCAAAGUCUGAUCACAUGCUGUGUCAUGAAGUGUUUCUAGGUGAUUUAAGGUGACUGGUGAUUCUUGUUUUUUUUUCCCAGGGUACACGCUGUACAAAUUACUAUCUAGGAGAAUGUUCGUAUUAGAUACAUGAGAUUCUAUAAUGGGCAGUUAUUUUAUUCUGUGUGUGUGUGGGUGGUCACAAAUAAAGUUCCCAUUGCUAAGA